AUGCUCUUCUGCCAUUCCCAGCCGGAGUCCUUCCACCAGCCCUCUGCUAGUUACAUUAGGGAGGCCUUGGCACCCUUCCUGAAGCACGAGGAGGCGCGACUUAUGGCUGAAAGCGGAGAUGGAAGGCACGGCGAAGGGGGCGGCGGUCCUUUCCAGUACGUUUUGUGCGCGCCCACCUCCCCGGCGGUCAAGCAGACGGACGAGACACUGACCUAUCUCAACCAAGAAUGGACCAGCCAACAAGAGGACUCAGCGGAAUGCCGUUUACCACACACCUGCUCCCUGUUCAUCGCAACCUGUCAGUCCUAUGAAAUCCGUCUGCUAAACAGAAAACUAGCAGCGUUUUCAGAAAUAAGCAGCAAAUAUGUUAAGAGUAUCGUGAGGGUGGUGUUUCAUGACCGAAGGCUACAGUACAUGGAGCACCAGCAGCUGGAGGGCUGGAGGUGGAGUCGGCCAGGGGACCGCAUCCUGGACAUCGACAUUCCUCUGUCGGUGGGUGUCCUGGAGCCACGGUCACACCCUCUGCACCUCAACACCAUCGAGUUUCUCUGGGACCCAGCCAAGAAUGCAACAGUUUUCAUCCAGGUGAACUGCAUCAGCACAGAGUUCACCCCUAAAAAACACGGGGGAGAGAAGGGAGUCCCCUUCAGGGUCCAGGUGGACACAUUCACCACCAACGAGCAGGAAGAAUACAUGGAGCAUGUGCAGUCGGCCAGCUGCCAAAUCAAAGUCUUUAAGCCAAAAGGGGCGGACCGGAAGCUGAAGACGGACCGUGAAAAGAUCUUCAAAAGGGAGCUGCAGGACCAGGAGAAAUACCAGCUCUCCCACGAGACCACCGUCCUGAAAGAGUGCUCUCUUUGGCCUGACACGUUGAACUUGCCAUCCAAUAAUAGUAACGGCAGUAUAGCCCUGUCUCCGGCUUACCACAGCCCCCCCACAUCCUGCUCUUUCACAGAGGGCAGCUGCUCUCCUGACCAGCCUGCGGAGCUGCUCGUGGCCGGCUGCGCAGAUCUCCUUCUGACCACGUCCUCGCAGCAAGACACUCAGCAGUGGCUCCUCACGCACAGGUUCAGCUCGUUUGCCAAGAUCUUCUCCAGCUUCUCAGGAGCAGACCUGCUGAGGAUGAGCCGGGACGACCUGAUCCAGAUCUGUGGUCCAGCUGACGGGAUCCGGCUCUUCAACUCCAUGAAGGGAAGGUCCGUCCAGCCACGCCUCACCAUCUACGUGAGCCAGCAGCAGAGCAGGAGCCCAGUCUCACUCAAAGCCCUGGGAGGAGAAGUUUACCAUGCGCUGUACCUGGAGGAGCUCACGUUAUUAGACCUGACUGAUAAACUCUCGCAGCUAUUUAAAAUCUCAUCACAGAGAAUCGUGCACAUUUACCGGCAGACUCCAGCGGGGAUCCACGUCUUAGUCACAGAUGAGAUGGUGCAUAAUUUGACAGAGGAAACCAGCUUUAUCGUCUGCACAAUCCGAGAUGAAAACACAGAUGGCUUCCAUGUUGUUUUAAAAUGA